AUGCCUCGGCGACGCAGACAGCCCAAGAAAAAGCCAUUCAAAUCUUUAUUACGGGUGCUUCCUGCGCUAGGGAUGAAUUAUCCGUGUACAGGAUAUCUUCUCCAUCGGCCUCGUAGAGACGAGAGUGUUGUGAUGGUACUCGAGAAAACAGGACUUAUCCCGACUGGCAAAGGCAAAGCGGCAACAUGUUCAGCCGAGCUUGUUGAUCAAGCAUUGGCAGAAAUGUUUGCGCUGGGGUUACAUCCUGAUAUCAAGAUCCAUCUAACCGCUCAAAACGGCGGCCUUCUGGAAUUUCUCAGCGCACUCAAGAAAGCCGUGCCCUGGGCCCAGAAUCUCGGAGAGUCUGUUUUCAUUGAGCUGUGCGAACGCCUAGUAGCAGCGCGAAUGGUGUACCGCGAGACAUCAGACAAGUCUUGGGAACUUAAUCGCUGCAGCACGGCGAUGAGCAUCGACCAGAUGUACAAAGACAUCAGAGGCCUUUGGAACAUAGCGGAGUUCGAGCUUUACGAAAUUAUGGGAGGCUAUGAAGAAGAGGACGAUGCGAAGGGCCCUUCCAACACGAUGGAUGACACAAUGGAUGUCGAGAUGACUGAUGCGCCGCCCAUCGCGUUGGAAGGCGACGUUGAGGAAGAGAAUAUUAGAGAAGGGGUCAGGCAAAUGAAUAUUAUGAACCGAGCGAACCCACGAAGCUACUGGUACCGAAGUGAGGACGCGUGA